CGAAUAAAGUAUGUAUUUAUAGUUCCAGCUUUUAAUUAAAUGGUUUUAUGAAUUAAUAACACUUGUUAAGUUUUCACAUUAUCAAAAUGGGCACACGAUUAUUGAGUAAAGUCAUUGUUCCAAUAUUUUUUAACACAAGAAAAUUACCUAACCUUACAAGAGAGAGCAAAAUAGUUGUUUACACGGGGACAAAUUGCACAAUUACAAGAAACUAUGCUAAAGGAAAGGAUAGAGGAAAAGACAAGAAAGAUAAAAGUAAAAUUGAGAUAAAUCCUACGAUGAUGUCAGAAUUAGUAUCUGUUGAUAAAUUAAAAGGUAGAUGUCAAAAUGCUAUUGAGAAAAUGAAGGAGGAUUUUGCAAAAAACCUUUCUCUGAGGUCAACGACAGGAGCCAUAGAUACAUUGCCAAUUAAGUAUGAUGGUAAAGACUAUGAACUUCAAGAAUUAGCUCAAAUAGUUAGGAAAAACCCUAAAACUCUUGUUAUAAACUUUUCAUCAUUUCCUCAAGUUAUACCGGACGUUUUAAAAGCAAUACACAACUCUGGACUUAAUUUGAAUCCACAACAGGAUGGAACAACAUUGUAUGUGCCUGUUCCUAAAGUGACGAAGGAACAUAGAGAAGUCCUAGCAAAAAGUGCUAAAGGUCUGUACAUUAAAUGUAGAGAUGCUGUUAAGGACAUUCAAAAUGACUAUAUCAAGAAGAACAAAAAACAAACCACUGUAUCUGAAGACUUAAUUUUCAGUGUAAAUAAGCAAAUAACGGCACUGUGUGAUGAAUACCUUAUUGAAGCAAAAAAAAUUUAUGAAACAAAACAUAAUGAAUUGCUUGGCAAAUAAAUAUGUUUGUUUGUGUCAGAUUGUAUAUAUUUAAGGUUUUUUAAAGAUCAUAUGUAGAUAAA